UCUUCUUCUUUGGCCUAUAAAAAUAUCCCCUGCUCGUCAGUAUCAACGAACAUACAUAUACAGACCAUAGACUGAGAGAGAGAGAGAGAGAGAGAGAGAGAUGGACAAUUUGCACAGUGACUCCGUCAACGGUUUGCCAAUUCCAAGUGAUGAGAUGACAAGGAAGUUUGACACUGUAAAUGGUUCUUCUUCAAUUCCAGAAGAUAUGAAAGGAAAGGUUAUAAUUUGUAGAGCUGCUGUGGCAUGGGGUCCUGGGCUGCCCUUGGUGAUGGAAGAAGUUUGCGUUGAUCCCCCUCAAAAAAUGGAGGUCCGAAUCAAGAUCCUCUACACCUCAAUUUGUCAUACUGAUCUCAGUGCUUGGAAGGGCGAGAAUGAAUCCCAGAGAGUAUAUCCUCGAAUUCUAGGCCAUGAAGCUGCCGGAGUGGUUGAGAGCGUUGGAGAGGGUGUGACGGACUUGAAAAGAGGUGACCAUGUGGUUCCAAUAUUCAAUGGAGAAUGCGGUGAGUGUGUGUACUGCAAGUCGGAGAAAACUAAUAUGUGUGAGGGUUUUCGCGUGAAUCCAAUGAAGAGCGUGAUGGUGAACGAUGGGAGGUGUAGAUUUUGGAGGAAAAUGGAUGCUAAACCCAUCUACCAUUUUCUAAACACUUCCACUUUCACUGAAUACACCGUCCUAGACUCUGCUUGUGUUGUCAAGAUCAACUCCAAAGCUUCACUCAAGAAGAUGACCUUGCUCAGCUGUGGCGUUUCCACAGGUCUUGGAGCUGCGUGGAAUACUGCUAACGUGAAAAAAGCGUCAAGUGUGGCGAUCUUUGGUUUGGGCGCUGUGGGGCUUGCGGUUGUUGAAGGAGCACGAACCAGAGGUGCAUCUAAAAUUAUAGGAGUUGAUAUUAACCCCGACAAAUCCAUCAAAGGUCAAGCAAUGGGUAUCACAGAUUUCCUUGACCCAAAGGAUCUUGAAGGGCCGGUGCACCAGAAAAUCAAGGAAAUGACUGGAGGCGGCGUGGACUAUAGUUUUGAGUGUACAGGGAAUCUGGGCGUUCUUCGGGAAGCCUUCUCCUCCACCCAUGAUGGUUGGGGAUUGACUGUAGUUUUAGGAAUUCAUUCGACCCCAGAGACGCUCCCUCUCCAUCCAAUGGAGUUGUUUGAUGGUCGAAGAAUCGUCGGAUCAGUAUUCGGAGAUUUCAAAGGGAAGACUCAACUACCACAUCUUGCCGAAGAAUGCAUGCGUGGGGUGGUGAAUUUGGAUGAAUUUAUAACCCACGAGCUUCCCUUCGGCCAGAUAAACCAAGCUUUAAAGCUUCUUAUAGAUGGGAAAUCAUUGAGAUGUCUUCUUCACCUUUGAAACUUUACAGGCAUGCAUGCACUACUUAAUUUUUCAUCGAAAAUCAUAUGGAGAAGCAUCUAAUAAGUGUGACCACCCGCACUAUAUAUGAUUCUAUUUUACAUCAUAUGUAUACUAGAAUAUUGAAUUUAGAUUUGCCCAAGCAUAAAAAUAUACCUAAUAUAAGGUCCUUGAUUACAUGUUCCUGUAAAUUGUGUGGAUUGUAUUUUAUAAUGUUAAUAUUGAAAUUCUACA